GAACAGUUCUCAGCGGCCUCAGGCUCCCAUUUUCACCCAAAAACGGAAAGAAAUUUCACAGAACGAAAUCGGCGCACGAUGGACGUGAACGAGGAGGCGAUGGCCGCUCACAAGUCUACGUUUCGCGAUUUCUUGGAGCAACAUGGUUCUUACAUGGAUUCCGUGAGGCAAUUAGCCGAGUGUAAUGGCCGGCGUCUCAUCAUCGCCACAGACGACCUUCGUAGUUAUAGUCUCGAUUUCGCUCGAAGGUUGAUCCGUAGUCCGGCGGAGUAUAUCCAGCCGAUCUCCGACGCGGUGACGGAGGAAGCGCGCAGGGUAAACCCUAAGUUGAAAGAACGGUAUCGCGUGCAAGUGGGCUUUAAAGGACCCUUUGGUUUCCAUAGGGUCACACCUAGGGAUCUGAUGUCCUCCUUCAUCGGCUCCAUGGUUUGUGUGGAAGGCAUCGUCACUAAAUGUUCUCUUGUAAAGCCAAAGGUAGUCAAAAGUGUUCACUAUUGUCCCGCCACAAAACAAUUCACAUUUCGUGAGUACAGGGACAUUACGUCAACUGCUGGCUUGCCUACAGGUUCUGCUCAUCCAACCAGGGAUGAAAAUGGCAAUCUAUUGGUAACUGAACACGGGCUCUGUGAGUAUAAGGAUCAUCAAACUUUGUCCAUGCAAGAAAUGCCUGAAAAUUCUGCCCCUGGCCAGCUUCCAAGGACUGUGGAUGUAAUUGUUGAAGAUGAUCUUGUUGAUUCUUGCAAACCCGGUGAUCGAGUAGCAAUCGUAGGGGUUUAUAAAGCAUUCCCUGGGAAAAGCAAAGGCAGCUUGAAUGGAGUCUUCAGGACUAUUCUCAUAGCCAACCAUGUUUCUCUUUUAAACAAAGGUGCACAUGCGCCAAAUAUUUCUAUUCAAGAGGCAAAGAAAAUAAAAGAAAUAGCAAAGAGAAGUGAUGCAUUUGAUCUGCUCGGGAAUUCGCUUGCACCCUCAAUAUAUGGUCAUCUGUGGAUCAAAAAGGCAGUCAUCUUACUGAUGCUUGGUGGCGUUGAAAAGAAUUUGAAAAAUGGAACUCAUUUAAGAGGUGACAUAAACAUGAUGAUGGUUGGCGAUCCAUCAGUUGCCAAAUCCCAACUGCUAAGAGCUAUCAUGAAUAUUGCACCACUUGCUAUCUCGACGUCUGGUCGAGGCUCCUCAGGUGUUGGCUUGACAGCUGCUGUCACUUCUGAUCAAGAAACUGGUGAGAGAAGGCUUGAAGCUGGUGCAAUGGUUCUAGCUGAUAGAGGAGUUAUCUGUAUUGAUGAGUUUGAUAAGAUGAAUGAUCUAGAUCGCGUUUCCAUACAUGAAGUUAUGGAACAACAGACAGUGACAAUUGCCAAGGCAGGCAUUCAUGCAUCACUAAAUGCUAGAUGCAGUGUAGUAGCUGCUGCAAAUCCUAUUUAUGGAACUUAUGAUCGGUCAUUGACACCCACGAAGAACAUUGGACUUCCUGAUUCACUGCUUUCUCGUUUUGAUUUGCUUUUCAUUGUCCUUGAUCAAAUGGAUCCUGAGAUCGACCGUCAAAUUUCAGAGCAUGUCUCUAGAAUGCACAGAUAUUGUGCAGAUGACAGAGGCAUUGGAGGGCAUGAAAAAUCUGUGAGAUAUACUGAAGAUGAUGAUGGUGAUGUUGAUACAUCUAUCUUUGUUAAGUACAAUCGAGCUCUCCAUGGACAAGAAAGGAAAAAGGGGAAAAAGCAAAAACAUGAGAGACUAACUAUCAAUUUCCUCAAGAAGUACAUCUACUAUGCAAAGAACAUUUAUCAACCAAAGCUUACUGAUGAGGCAUCCGAGCAUAUAGCGACAUCUUAUGCGGAGCUUAGGGAUGCUGGCGCAAAUGCAAAGCAUGGUGGAGGUACACUUCCAAUUACUGCAAGAACCCUAGAGACCAUAAUUCGUCUCUCAACUGCUCAUAGCAAAAUGAAACUGAGGACCGAGGUUUUGAAAGCUGAUGUUGAGGCUGCAUUGCAAGUCCUCAACUUCGCCAUAUAUCACAAAGAACUAACUGACAUGGAAGAGCGUGAACAAAGAGAACUAGAAAUGAAGCAAAAAACUGAUCAUGACACUGACCAGAAUGAGUAUCCUGAUGGCAGCAGAAGUAUGGUGGAGCCAAUGGAUGUCGAUGCUGAUCACGGUGUGAAUGAAGUCGAGUUACCUCCUGACAGAAUUGAAGCAUUUGAAGCGAUCUUAGGCCAGCAUGUUAUGCUCAACCACUUGGAUCAAAUUUCCAUAGACGAAAUCGAAGGAUUAGUCAACCGGGAAACAACAAACCGCUACACAAGACGCCAGAUAUCAUUCAUCUUGGAGAGAAUGCAGGACUCCAACAGAAUUAUGAUCAUGGAGGGAGUGGUUCGAAUCAUUUAAAUAUGAACUGCAGUUUGAGAAAUCGCAUUAAGGUAUAUGAAUCAUGUUUGAGGAGACUCCGAUUGUGAAGCUUAAUCAUGUGGAAAUUUUUAUAUGAACAGAAAUGUAAUGCGGCACAACUGACCAUCAAGUUCGAGUAGAAGAUUUGUAAUGGAUUUGUUAGUAAUGGAGUAAUCUCCAAAUUCUAAUAUUGCUACUUAACUUUUAUAGGUUGCUUCUCCUUCAAAACACAUUGUUUUGUAUUUUUAGCUGGCACUAAUCGAUGAUUGAUUUGGUC